UAAUUGCUUGAUUUUUACAAUUUUUAUUUAGAAAAUUUUCACUAUAAAAAUUAAACUAGUGUGUUGAAAUGUAAUGCCUUGAAUAGAGCUGCAAUUGACAAAGAGAGUAUUCUCAGUGAAUUGAAAUGCAACAUUGCAUGACAAUUCGUAAAAAGACUAUUUAACUGGUUUUAAUGAAAACACUGACUGUAUGGACACAGUGGAAGAUGCCAAUUUAAUAGCUCAUAUAUGUAAAAUAAUCAGCGAAAAAUGCAUACAAAAUGACAAUUAUGAAAAGGUUAAAGAAAUGAUUGAGUAUGCCUUCAAUGAAUGUCCUAAAAAAUGUAUUAGUGGCCAUUUCAAAUGUGAAGAGAUAAAAAGACAUGUGGAGCAAAAAGUUUGUUCUAAUCAGCCAGUAGAUAAUAAUGCUAACGAAGAAAAUUCGCUGAGAAAGGUGGUUUUUUUUCAUUCGCUUAGUUGCAAAUAUUUAAGAAACUGCAAAAUUCCAAAAUGUGUAUCUAUCAAUGUGAACUUAAAAAAACAUCUUAAACCAAACUUGGAGACAGAAUCUGUUUUUCAUUUGGAUCAAAAACUCUGUGUGAUGUUUUCUAAUGUGAAAACUUUUUCAGUUGGUACUAUCAUUCAAACUAAUAAUGAUAUAGUUUCAGUUUUUGAAAAAAUAAUAAGUAAAGGACGUUUUGGAGCGGUAUAUGAUUGUUGGAUUUUAUGUAAUAAAAGCAGGGGAGAUGCAAGAGUGGCAGUUAAAAAAAUAAAGGAGGUGAAAAGCAUUAUAGCAACAGCUAAAUCUAUGGCUCUUCUUUCAACAAUUGGUAAUUCCACAAAUAUUGUCAUACCCUUAUUAGUUUUGGAAACAGCCAACCCAACAACCAAAAACCCAAAGAUUUGUUAUCAAAUAAUGAUUCUUGCUGAAAUGGAUUUAAAAUUUGUCGUCAAUAAUGGACCAAUCACAGAUAAUCUGAUUGCUUAUUUGAUUAAGGAUGUUUUGAAUGGAAUUUGGUAUUUGCAUAGAAGAGGUUAUGUUCACUGCGAUUUAAAAUUGGAAAAUAUUGUUGUGAAAGACUACCAUGCAUAUGUUUGUGAUAUUGAUUUCGUAAAAGAAGAGGAAGCAAAGUGUGAUGUUACAACCACUUACUAUUCUGCACCAGAGGUGUAUGAUGGUAUUGCCAAAAAGCCAUUAGACAUACAUUGUAUCGGGCUGGUUUUAGCAAGAUUGGCAAAUGUAGACAUAUCAAUGAAUAUAGACCGUAAUGAUUUGCCACUAGAAAAGAAAAGAAAGAUAAUUCAAAGAAAUAAAAAAGUGCUCGAUGAUAUAAAGAAAACACAUCCUAAGUUUUUACAAGUAUUUUAUGAUUGCACAAAGGAAGUUCCUUCGCAAAGAUCUACUGUUGAUGAGUUAAUUAUCAAUCAUUUGUUUCAAGUUAAUGUUGAAACGGUUACAAAUGAAAUCAAUUAUGUACUUUCUAAAAAGAGUUCGCAAAGUAUCAAUUUUGAAAUCCAAGAUGAUCUCGCAAACAAUAUUGUUCAACUGCAUUUAAACCAGAUUUUGGAUAAUCUUCCGAAAAAAUUUUAAUGAAUGAGUGUAGUUAUGUCAUGGCAACUGCUACGACUUCUUUAUAGAAGACUGCAAUACAAAUCUCAAUUUAAGAUAAUCAUAUGGAGAAAUUAGUUGUCAAUGCAACAUUGUCGGUGUCAAUGCAUCAUUAGAAAACUUGAAUUUAAAAAUGAAAAUAAAGUACGAGGAGUAGCAGCGCGGUUGUGUAUUUCUUCACAAUAUAUUGAAUUAUUUUAAACAAAAAUAAAGUCAAAAUUUAUAAAAA